GUGUGGAGAGGGAUGAGGAGGCAUGACUUCUCUCUCUACAAGGAGUAUACCACUGAUAGAUGUCCUGAUUUCAAGGACUAACCCUGGUCGGAGAAGAAUGAGGCCGUGGCUGAGGAAGUGAAGGAGAUACGAGACAUGGUGAAGGGACUGACGAGACAGGUUACAGAGAUUGUAACCACUACACGGGCCAUGGCCUACCGGGACAAACCUGGAGGGCCCUAUUCACUUCGCUGGGACCGUAGGAACAACAAUUCCUGGAGGAGUGUCGAGGAUAGAAAUCCUCGGACGCUGACUGAUUAUCGUAUGAGGGGAAGAGAAAGAGACGAUGAGCCAUGGCGACGUAGGGAUGAUGAGAUAGACCGGGACCGCAGAGAUCGCGAGCCGUUUGCGCGAGCAAGGAGGUUGGAUGAUUACCCGCGAAGCCCUCGCUAUGAGGCCGAUGGGGGUAGAGGUGACUCCCGCGGCCGAUGGGAGACAGAUCAGGGCCGACGAGAUGGAUAUAGGGACGACAGAUACGAGAGAUCGGACCGAGAUAGAUAUAGGGACGACAGAUACGAGAGAUCGGACCGAGAUGGAUAUAGGGACGACAGAUACGAGAGAUCGGACCGAGAUGGAUAUAGGGACGACAGAUACGAGAGGUCGGGUCGAGAUGGCUACAGAGGAAGUAGGUAUGAAAGAGGAGAUCGGGACAGGGAACGACGAGAUGGAUCGCACGGACAGUUUGAGCGUGGGGGAGAUGCGAGAGAGCAGCGCGACGAGUCGCGGGGGUGGUACAACCGAGGGGACCGACGCGAUGAGUCACGAGGGCGAUAUGACUCGGGGGACCGCCGGAAUGAUUCGCGAGGGCGGUAUGAGCAAGGAGGGUCUGGAGGAGACCGGCGCAACGAUCCGCGCGGUCGGAAUGAGAGAGGGGGAUAUGGCGUCUCAUCAGAACCAUAUCCCAAGUCGCCUGACCCCAAGGCGGCCAGGAGUUCGAUCUCUAUAGGCGCAGAUGACAAGGCAUCUACUCCCAGGAACUCAUGCGUCUACUGUAGAGGAAAAGAUCAUAUCAAGAGGGAUUGCCCAGACCUCAAACGGGCGAUAGAUGAGGGACUCGUCGUGCUUGACGACCGCAAGUACGUCAAGUGGGCAGAUGAUCUGGGAGAUGUAUCGAUGUUCCCUUCGAUGAAGGAGAAUGUCGAAGCAAGGAGAAUAAAGACGAGUAAAGGAAUGGAGUCGGUCAGGAGCCAGAGCAUUAAGUUAACCUUUGAGGGGGAUAUCGCGACCACACCCAUAAGGGUGGCAGCCACCAAGUCGGCAAGAGGGUCUACAUCGAAGAAGACUGACACGGAUUACGUGAUGGCGGAGAAGGACGGGCAGCGGGUCGAUGGAGAGGAGGUUAUCCUUUCGCCGCGAAAGCGGGGAGUGAAGAAGUUCUUAAUGAAGAGUUCGCUGGACUAGAUUGACACGGUCGAGCCACUGAGGCGGGCCCUUCAGCAGCCCAUGCAGUGCUCUAUUCUGGAGUACCUGGCGGCAUUGAAGCCGGCUCG